AAUACUUUUAGAACGACUUAAUCAGUAGAAAUUUUCUUUCAUCCGGUAGAUGGCGUUGUAAGUGCGACUGUAGAAACAGUAGUUCACCAUGUCUUACAUGCUCCAACAUCUUCACAAUGGCUGGCAAGUGGACCAGGCCAUUUUAGCUGAAGAGGACCGGGUAGUGGUCAUCAGAUUUGGACACGAUUGGGACCCGUCAUGUAUGGUGAUGGAUGAGACGCUCUAUAAGUGUGCCGAAAAAAUGAAAAAUUUUGCUGUAGUGUACUUGGUGGAUAUUUCACAAGUCCCAGACUUCAACAAAAUGUACGAAUUGUACGAUCCAUGCACAAUCAUGUUCUUCUACAGAAACAAGCAUAUCAUGAUAGACUUGGGAACUGGUAACAACAAUAAAAUAAACUGGUCGAUGGAGGAUGUGCAGGAAUUCAUUGACAUUGUCGAAACAGUGUUCAGGGGGGCAAGAAAAGGGAGAGGUUUGGUCAUAUCACCGAAAGAUUAUUCAACUAAAUACAGAUACUGAUGUCUGCUUAGUUUAGCUCUGUCAGUUUCAUAUUGUAUAUUGUACUGAACGUUUGGCAGGCCUUUGUACAAACAUUGUUUCAUGUAGAAAAUGUUGAGAUUCAUUAAAAUCGUAUUUUUGAAAACAGAAAUGUACAUGCACUUCAAAAAUGCACUGUAUAGAGAAAUGCAUUGCCAAAUACUUGUACCACUUUCUAUUCCAGUACUAGGCUAUGUCAGGUCAGCAAGUAAAUAAAAAAUGCUCUAAAACAAA